CGCCGCCUCUCCCGCUUCCAGCCGAGAAAUCCCCCCUGCUAGUUGAACCUGUAGACGUGGUCUUCAUGUGGCCAAACCGGUUGUUGUCGGUGGAGAUGCGGUCCGCCCUUUCGCGUGGCCCGUCGGUCCGACAUGCCGUCACGGGGUCCAGGAGAUGGCGGUGAUUCCCUUUCGGUCUCAUCGGAGCAACAACCGUCCCUUUCUGACCCCCGAUUGAAAUGAUGCCCUGAGGAAUGUCUGUUCUUUUGCAGACAUGAUCUAUUUCAUAUGUACAUUGAUGAAGUCCCGUUGACUCAUGCCGGGAAAGCGUCGAUCCUCGGUAGUCGAGCCGAGGCCACUACAAGCCACCACCUCCCACCACCAUUUCAUCUCGGUUGUGUCUCGUCUUUGAUCUAUCAUUGAUCUUAACUGUCGUGGCAAGCGCAGCUCAAGGACAGAGAUAUCAACAUCUCAUUACCCAUAUCCUACAUCGAUUCGAGCUGGGAUAGUCGAGGUAAAGACCACCAAAUAAGACAAUAUUGCAGCCACGAGCAUCAGUCUGACCAACACUACCCGGCCGUGUAUGAAGGCAUCGGCCGAAACGCCUCCGUCUGCGGAGAAACCAGCAGCACCAUCACCAGCAGCAUCUGCAGACAUGGCUUCUUGCUCGGCAACCUCGACGGCCACCAUUGAGCUCCAGUCCGUCGACGACUUUCCCGGCCACCCUGCUCCAGCGGCCAAACAGCUUGGGGACAGCAACAGCGAAACGCAGCGCCAUGUGGGACGCAAGCAGCGGGCGGGAGGUAGUGACCGUGGCGAUUUUGGCUCGUCGUCGGACGGCAGGGGUUUGCUCGGCGAGCUGGGCGGUUCGGAGCCGUCCCCAUCGCCGCCCAUAAGCGUGGCCGAGACGUGGAACGAACCCCGACGCAACUCAUACCGCCUCGGCGCUGCUUUCUGGUGCUUUCUUGUCAUGGGCGCCAACGACUCGGCCUAUGGACCCCUGAUUCCCUAUCUCGAGAAAUACUAUGACCUCACAUACAUCGUCGUCUCCCUCGUCUUCCUCUCUCCCUUCAUCGGGUACGUCGCCUCCGCGCUGCUCAACAACACGCUGCACCACAAGUUCGGCCAGCGCGGCGUCGCCCUCAUCUGCGCGUCGAGCCACCUCGCCGCCUACGCCGUCAUCGCCGCGCACCCACCGUACAUUGUCCUCGUCUUCGCCUUCAUCCUCGCCGGCUUCGGAAACGGCGUCGCGGACGCGGCCUGGAACGCCUGGGUCGGGAACCUCGCCAACUCGAGCGAGCUGCUGGGGUUCCUGCACGCGCUGUACGGCGUGGGCGGUGUGGUGAGCCCGCUGGUUGCGACGACGCUGAUUACCAAGGCGAACCUGCCUUGGUAUACCUUUUACUACAUCAUGAUUGGCCUCGCUGGCAUCGAGCUUGCCGUCCUGGCCUCGGCCUUCUGGGACUCCAACGGGGCCACUUAUCGCAGCGUGUACCAGGAGAGCGAGGCCGACAGCAACAGCAAGCUCAUCGAGGCGCUCUUCCAGAAGCCCGCCUCCCGCGUGUGCUGGGUCGCCGCCGUGUUUCUCCUUUGCUACGUGGGUGCCGAGGUGGCCCUGGGGGGCUGGAUCGUCACCUUCAUGCUGCGCGUACGCCACGGCGAGGAUUUUGCGAGCGGUAUGUCCGCCGUGGGGUUCUGGCUCGGUAUCACCCUCGGGCGCGCUGUCUUGGGGUUUGUGACGCCCCGGAUCGGCGUCAAGGUGUCCACAGCGUGCUACAUAGGGGCUGUCAUGGCUCUGGAGCUCAUCUUCUGGCUCGUCCCGCAGUUCUACGUCUCGGCCGUGGCCGUCGCCUUCCAAGGCUUCUUCCUGGGGCCCAUGUUCCCCAACGCGGUCCUCGUCGCCAGCAAGUUGCUGCCGCGGCACCAGCACGUUGUGGUGAUUGGCUUCGCGGCGGCGUUUGGCGGCUGCGGCGCGGCGCUGCUGCCCUUCCUUAUCGGCCUGCUCGCGCAGUCGUCGGGCGUCCGCGUGCUGCAGCCCAUCAUCCUGGCGCUGCUGGCGACGAUGCUGGUCGUCUGGCUACUGUUUCCGCGCAUCGACAAGAAACGGGACUGAGGGACAGUGGUAUCUGGCCGUCGUGUUGGGUCAUUGGGUUGAUGCUGAGAGAUUCGCGUCAUGAACCGCAUGGGAGCAGUGCUGCGAUCAAAUGAAGAAACAUGACUCCAGUUGUGAAGAUGGAGUAGUGCUUGACAUGGGUUAUUAGACGGGGUUCUUGAGGACAAGCCGCCAUCUUUGGAAGUGACCAGGUCAUUGGGAAAGGAGUAUGGCGUCGUCUAUUCAUAUGUUUAAUGCAAAUGCA